UUCACAAAACCAAAUCCUAUCGAUGGUAUUAAUAUGUUAUCAAAGUUGAAGAAUUUAGAAACUCUGGAUUUACGUGGUAACAUAUUAGGAAAUGACAUCUUGUCGCAUCUAAACGGUUUUACAUCUUUAAAAUCAUUACGUUUGCAGGAGUGUGGAUUACAAGGAACUAUUCCUAUGCUGGAAUUCAGUCAUUUGAUGAACUUAAAGGAAUUGUAUCUAGGCCGAAAUGAAAUUGAGAGUUUCGGAUCCUUUCAAGAAAAAGGGCAAUUGAGAUUCAUCAAACUUGAGGUACUUGGUUUAAGUGGAAAUCUCUUCAACAGCAGCAUAUUCUCAUUUCUUGGUGUGCUCUCAAAUUUGAAGUCUUUGCAUAUAGGAAGUAACAAAUUGAAAGGGUCCAUAAAUAUUAAAGAAUUAAAUGCUUUGAGCAACUUAGAGGAAUUGUACAUAAGGGAUAACGAAGUGAAUGACUUUGUUCCACCCCAAGAUAAUGAAACAGAAUUCAGGUUGACCAAACUUGAAGUGCUUGAUUUAACUGGUAAUCUCUUCACCAAUAGCAUAUUGUCAUCCCUUGGUAGGCUUUCAAAUCUGAAGUCUUUGUAUAUACAAAGAAACAAAUUGAAAGGAGCGAUAAAUAUUAAAGAUAAUGAAACAGAAUUAAGGUUGAUCAAUCUAGAAGUGCUUGAUUUAAUUGGUAAUCUCUUCAGCAAUAGCAUAAUGUCAUCCCUUGGUAGGCUUUCGAAUAUGAAGUCUAUUCGUUUUGGAGGCAACAAUUUGAAAGGAUUCAUUAAUAUUACAGAAUUAGAUGCUUUAAGCAACUUGGAGGAG